AUGAACACCCAGGUGGACCACCUCACAGCGCAGGGCUACGGGGGCAUGUGUGUGUGGGCGCUGGACUUGGAUGACUACACCGGACAGUUUUGUAACGCCGCUAUUAACCCCUUCAUCAGUCAUCUGAAAAGCAAACUUUCAAUGGGUAAGACAAUCAUUCGCUCGUCAAAGGAGCAGCAACAUUUAAAGAUGCACAGCAUACUUCUGACAGCAGGUUUUUUCCUGCUCUGGGCUUCAAUGGUUUCCUGCAACAGGCUGGUGUGUUACUACAACAGCGAAGCAGCCACCAGAGGCCCUGGCGGCCAGUUACUCCCAGCAAACAUUGAUCCAAAUCUGUGCACCCACAUCAUUUUUGGUUUUGCCUCCGUUGAUAACACAAAAGAACUCGUUCCUACUCAGGCCUCGGACACAACCCUCUAUACAGCAUUGAACAGCCUUAAAUCCAGCAACGCACAAUUAAAGACUCUGCUGGCUGUAGGCGGCCCGGGCUUUAACACUCAAAAGUUUUCGACAAUGGUGGCCUCGUCCAACAGCAGAAGUAGAUUCAUCGCUUCAGCCAUUUCACUUCUUCAAACCUAUAACUUUGAUGGACUCAACCUGGACUGGCGCUAUCCUGGAGACGCAAGCACCCAGCCGCAGGACAAGAAUCGAUUCGUUUUUCUCUGUCAGGAACUCAGAACUGCUUUUAAUGCAGCCUCUCCACGUCUGCUCCUCUCUGCCAGUGUGUCUGCUGAAAAGACUAUGAUUGUCAACAGUUAUCCAACUCCUGUCGCCUUGGCCAAUGCACUGGAUUUCAUCAAUGUUUUGACAUUUGGCUUUCAUGAUCCAUCAUCAGCAGUAACAGCACAUCACAGUCCUCUGGGGGCACUGUCCUCAAAUGCUGCAGAUACUAAGACCACGGAAUAUGCAAUGAACUACUGGGCCUCAGAUCUCGGGGUCCCAGCAGCAAAGCUCAACAUGGGGAUUGCAGCGUAUGGAGUGGCCUUUACCCUCACUGACCCCAGUGUGAGUGGACCUGGGGCCGCUACGUCUGGUCCUGCAGAGGAGGGCUGCUUUGGAAACCCGCCUGGGAUCUGGUCCUAUUAUGAGGUUUGCCUCUACACGGAGACUGACCAGCUGAUUGCAGACCAGAGCGUUCCGUACGCAGUCUCAGAAGGACAGUGGGUUGGUUUUGACAACACAGCCAGUAUUGAUGCUAAGGUUGCACACAUCACCACUAACGGCUAUGGGGGAGUGUGUGUGUGCUGGCAACUACCCCUUCAUAAACUACCUGAAAAGCAAACUAUAGUUCCACCAGCACCAGCUGUGUAA